AUGUUAGGAAUUUCAUUAAGAACACCGCGAGCCUCGUCGGUUCUGGUGUCAGCCCGUGACGUGCGGGCUCGGCGCACCCCACAGGAAGCAGCGCCCGUGCGGCAGCAGGCCUGUAAGAGCCCGCUUGUCUUUCGAACACGUGUGAUUGAAUCAGGCAGGCAGCAUGAAGCAGCCGUCCCCAGGAAACCUUACUACUAUGAGUCUGCCCCUGCUAUUCCGGGGCUGGUUGGCAAUGUGCACCUGCAGGGACCCCACUUGCGCAUGCGGGUCCUUUGCCUUUUUCCACCAGGCCCCAAACACCGAACGGACAGCCACCGGCACGUGCUGUGCCGGGUCCUUGCCAGGAUGCGAAAACGCACGCUCAGCAAGGUGAGGGUUUUUUCCAGUGUCCUGGUGAUGCCUGGCAGCGCUAAGCAGGAAAUCUCCGCCUCCAGAGGCUGGGAGUCGGUCACAGGCGAGAGGGGAGUGACCGCGACACUUGGCGCCGGGCGCGCGGCAGGCGGUGGGGGGCGCAGAGGAAGGCGGCGUCUGUCAGUGUGGGGAGUCGCCAGUGUUACUUCACGGGGCCCCGAACAGAUCCGGACCGGCCUGAACCCGCAGACGGAGCAGGGGCCGAGCGAGGAGGCGACGCCUCCGGGGCGCCUCGAAGCCGAGAGUCCCGCCUUCCCGGGCGCCGACUGCGCGCGGCGAGGACGGCUGUGUUUGGGGAGUGAACCCGGAGGCGGAUGGGCGGCGAGAGGCCGACCCUGGCGCUCGGCGGCCCGAGAUGGAGGCGGGGUCCUGCCGACAGCCGCCCUGUCCCCUACCUGCGACAGGCGGCGGAGGCCACGCGGGGCUGCGGAGGGCGCGUCCAGCGCGCACGGACGGUCGGGGCGGGCGCCACGGGCAGGGGCCCUUCUCACGCCUCCUCGGGGCACCCGCGCUGCAGGCUUCCACCGGGCCGCAAGGGUGACUCGGGUAGUGGUGGGCCAGAAGCUCAAGGCGCGGCUUUGGGGCGUUUCUUAUAUUCCCACAGGGUGCAGUUUGGAAGGAGGGAGGCAGGAAUCCGUGAAGCCCUCCUUAACCGCGUGCACCUGCGGCCUCGCUCCCUGGGAGCCACAGAGUUCCGGCGGGGACCGGAGGUCGCGCGAGAGGGAGGCGGCUGGGGCCAAGGACAGAGGACCCGAGAACAUCAACUGAUGAGGCUGGGACACACGUCUGAGGCUCACUGGUCCAGCAAGCAUUUCUAAGGGAAAUGAAAAAAUUGAUACCUCAGCACAAGAAAAUUGUGGUAAUGUUUAAUGAAAUAUGUUCAUAUUUAAUAAUGGAGAGAUACAGAGUUUAUGGAUUAAAUUUUUAAGGUUUUUAUUCUGAUGGUGGAAAAAAGGAGAUGAAAAUUUAUGUGCUGCUUUAUAUGAAGAAAAAGAUCUAAACGGAAAAGUGGAUGUAGGAUUUUAAUAUGUGCUGAAAUAUAAAGUAUUUUAAAGAAUAACUUUAAAACAAUGGUAGAUAGCAGGAUUUAUUUUAAUUUUUCAAUCUGAAAAAAAAAAAAAAACCCAAAGAACAAAAAACCAAACCAUCCUCAUAUGUAUAUACAGUGUCAACAUUUUCAGAGCACUUACAUCAAGAAACAUUGUUUCUCUUCAACCAGAUGACAAUACUGUAUAUGCCACAAUGAAAUUUACAAAAACAAUCGCAUCAGCAAUCAUACACAGAUCAUGAUUUUACAUUUCAAUACACAAGAAAAAAAUAGACAUCUUCCCGGCACUUGGCUUCUUCCUGACCACAGCCUGUCUCCCCACGUGCUCUUAGAAACCUCUGCUUUUAAAACCCAACGGUGGCUAUUUUAAAAA